ACGCAGCUUCCUCGAUACCGGACAACCAAAUCAGGCAAGAACAGAAUACUCAAGUCGAGACCUCUACCUGCCGGCCUCAGCACUUGACGGUUACUGCAGCGAUGCACGCUUGCAACACCUGUUCAAAGCCCUUCGUGCGCAAAGAUAGCCUGAACCGGCAUUUGAAGAUGCAUGAACGAGGGCCAAAGAUCCGAAAGAAAUCGUGCGAUAGGUGUCAGAAAUCCAAAAUCAAGUGUUCUGGUGAACGGCCCCAAUGUCGAAGCUGCGAACAUCGCCGAGCCUCGUGCAUCUAUCCACGGUUUCCUGAAUCGAAGUCGAGAAGCGACGUCCAUCCAAGCAUUGAUGUACCUCCCAUCCUCGAGCUUGAACCACCUAAUUCACCGCCUCAAGCCAUCAAGCGAUCGAAUCAACAAGCUUCAUCCUUUUUCUACACCCGCUCCGAAGAAGCCCUUCCAGAUGAGGCUCUCGUGGUCCACGGUGUCGACUCGACCUCCCCCACAAAAGUUCCAGAUGCACAUCACUCUUCCUCUCAACUGCUCGACACUACCGACUACAAUGCUUUCCCCAUGGACCUCACAGGACUGUCAGAUAUGGACUGGUUGUUUCAGGAUCCUCACGAGGAGAACUAUUUCAAUGACCUCUUGUUCAACAACGAACCACCAACUUCUAACACCAACAGUUUCACAUAUAGUGAACAGAGCUGGCCAAGCACUUCCCAGGAGCCUGCAGCAAAAUAUCUCAGUUCUCGAGACCGCCAAUGUGACUGGCCCUUGGAUGGUGCCACCCCGACCGGCAGGCGAUUGGACAUCCCGAAGCUUGGAGAGAAUCGAUCGAGCCUACCAAACCGACCGUGUUUCUCUCGAGCGAGCUGGAUCACCGAGGAUGGCAGGGCGAAACUUCAACGCAGCAUUUCCUGUCUGCUUGAGAAGCCCUUGUGGAGUGCCAUCUCACUUGCCAACUUCCCCAGCAAGGAGAAAUUGGACCAUUGUAUCGAUCUGUUCUUUGCCAACUUCCGUCCGGUUGUGAGUUUCAUCCACCAACCCACCUUCGAUCCUACCAAUGCGCCAGUUGUCCUUGUCCUGGCAAUGACCAGCAUUGGUGCUUGUUUUACGAACAUAGAUGGUGCACAAGCAUUUGCAAAGGCAACGGCAGAGCUGUCAAGACGCAUGCUCCUAGCGACGGAAGAACAAACCACACAGCUUGUCAAAACCGAACCAUACCUGACUUCACAGAUACUCCUUGGGAUAUAUGGUUGCAGCAGUGGUGACAGACGUCUGUUCAGCGUGGGAGAAGCCUACCGAAGCACACUUAUCCAUAAUGCGAAGCUCACCGGCCUAUUCCACGACACGUCUCAAAGGAUGCAAUCACUCGUUGAAUGGGAUAGCACGGCACAAUGGCAAGCGUGGAUCCAACACGAGAGACGUAAGCGACUUGCGUGGGCGAUAUAUGAAUUUGAUGCAUUGGCAAGCAUUCUCGGGAAUCAAAGACCAGUCAUCAGCACUGGAGACCUAACAAUCAGUCUUCCGGAGGACACUGAACGGUGGCAGGCUUCCUCGGCGUCUUCCUGGAUGUCCCUUCGGCCCUCAGACUUCUCGGAAGAAGACGAGUCCAUCGAUUUUCGCAACACGAUGCGGAGCGUGUUUGAUCCCUGUGUUAUGGAGACCAUUCGAUUCACCGACGUCCAACACAUCCACAUCAUUGUCGUCACUUUGAGCCGUUUCUUAUGGUCGAUGAAAGAGCUUCAGCAGGGUCCAAUCAUGGAUAUGGGACCUGAGCGAUGGCCUAUCCUCGAGCAUAAGAAGAAUCUCCUGAGAAAGUUGGAUUCCUAUCUCGUAUCGCCCUAUGUGGCGAGGGACACCAUGAUGGUUGAUGACGUCCAGAGAACAGUACAACGAGCGUUGAUCAUUCACACUUGUCAUCUGUAUGCAGCUUCGGAUCUUAUGGAUUGGUUGCCUGCUUUGCUACGCUGCUCAGGUCGGAAUGAGGCGGCUAGACAAAGGAUGAUCCAAUGGAGUGAGGAGAAUCAGGUUCAAGUUCGGUCGGUGAUAUACCACAGCGCGCAAACUCUCGCGAUCUGUCGUGACUUUACUUUUAACACUCCCACAGAGGCUUUCCACGCAUUUUAUGCCGGCGCGGUCCUCUGGUACGCUUCAUCGUUCCUGGCGCCGGCCAAUUGCGGCGAGAGCAAUCGCUUGCCGCUCCGGAUCGAUGAGCCUGUUCGAGGUGACCCUCUUGAAGCUUCCGAUAUCACGACGUGGGUCAACGAUGGGGAAAACCUCAUAAUCAGUAUGUGAUGCGAAGUGAAAGGCUGGAGACGGACACUGCGUACCCGUGAAGUCUUCCCGCGCCAAGC